AUGGCGUUGAACUUAAUUUCUUCAUACACAAGCGACAGCGAUUCUAACGAUGAUGACAAUGAUAAUUCCAAAGGUGAAGAUUCCACUCAUGGCUCCGAUAUUGAGGUGCCACAAUCAUCGGACAAAUUGAUAAAAUCGUGCCUAUUCGGGGGAGACGAGGAUAAUGGCAGCGAUGACGAUUCGGAAGGGCCAUCGAAAAGUGACAAUUUCAAGUCCGAGUCUUCUUCAGGAGCCGUUCGCCGGCUUCCAAGCGCAGGCUCGGUGCUAAAAGGAAAACACGUGGGUUCCAGCGUGUUUUCAAGCGAACGUGAACGUGAAAAUCUUGCUCACGUUCUGACCUUAAGCCAACAUGUCCCCCUGACCGAGAAAGUGGAAAAAGAAAAGAAGCCCUUGUGUCGGGCGUUUGCACGAGGACAAUGUAAACGUGGUGCGAAAUGUCGCUACGCUCACCCAAUUACGCCAGUGUCACCACAGGACGCGGUAACUAUUGAUGCAGGUCCUAGGAUGUACAAUGCUGACGAUAUUCUUGCCAAAAAAUUUAAAAUGGCUUAG